UGACCCGGAAGUUGAUCAGUCGGUGUCGGGGUCACUCAUUCAGUCGGUGGCGGUGACGAGACUGAGGACCAGAAUCAGCCGCGAGGCCCCGACACCGCCUCCGCCUCCGCCCCGGAGCCCGGACAGAGGCCCCGCGCUGUUUUUGGUAAACAGAGGCAAAGGAUGGCAGCUGAUACAAUGGAAAUUGAUGAUUCCUUAUACAGCCGUCAGAGAUAUGUGCUUGGAGACAAUGCAAUGCAUCAGAUGGCCCAGUCCCAUGUUUUCCUAAGUGGCAUUGGUGGCUUGGGUGUGGAGAUUGCAAAGAACAUUAUUCUCGCUGGUAUCAAGGCGGUGACCAUUCAAGACACUGUAAUAUCGCAGACAUGGAACCUAGGGACUGCCUUUUUCAUAGAUGAGGAGGAUGUGGCCAACCAAAGAAACAGAGCUAAAGCUACAAUUUCACGCCUGGCAGAGCUGAACCCUUAUGUCCAGGUUAAUGCAUCCACUGUCCCUCUGGAUGAAAAUACAGAUUUGACCUUUCUACAAAAUUAUCAGUGUGUGGUUUUGACAGAGACCCAGCUUUCGCUUCAGAAGAAGAUCAAUGCCUUUUGCCGUUCGCAAGAUCCCCCCAUUAAGUUCAUCAGUGCUGAUCUGUAUGGAGUCUUCUGCCGUGUCUUCUGUGACUUUGGGGAUCAUUUUGAAGUAUCUGAUUCCAACGGAGAAGAACCAAAGGAAAUCUUCAUUCACAAUAUAACCCAGUGCAAUCCUGGAGUUGUGACGUGCAUGGACAAUCGGACGCAUGGGUUGGAAACAGGACAGUUUGUGACUUUUCGGGAAAUCAAUGGGAUGUCAGAGUUGAACAGGACUGCGCGGCAAAUAACAGUUGUGUCCCCAUAUUCUUUUAGUAUUGGAGAUACAUCAAACUAUAAACCAUAUUUACAUGGAGGAAUUUCUUUGCAGUUGAAAAUAUCCAAAAAGUUUACUUUUGAAAAUAUGGAGACACAACUUUUGGAUCCUCAAUGCUUGAUAGUAGACUUCAGCAAACCUGAGGCGCCGUUGCAGAUUCACACAGCUAUGCUGGCCUUGGAUAUGUUUCAGGAGCAGCACAAGCGCCUGCCAAAUAUAGGGUGCCUCCAGGAUGCAGAUGAGCUGGUGAAACUGGCAUUCACUGUAAAUGAAACUAUGAAAAAUAAGGGGGAUGUUAACGAAGAGCUUAUUAAGUGUCUUUCACGGACAGCAAAGGGAUUCCUGACGCCUCUUGCUGCUGCCUUUGGGGGAAUUACAAGCCAGGAAGUCCUGAAAGCAUUGACAGGCAAAUUUUCCCCUCUUCAACAAUGGCUGUAUUUUGAUGUGAUGGAGAUUCCUAAGGCUCUUGAAGAUAUCAGCAGUGAUGAGUUCCAACCAAGAGGAGACCGAUACGACGCUCUGCGUGCUUGUAUCGGAGAAUCCAUGUGCGAGAAGCUGCGCAAUCUCAACGUAUUCUUAGUGGGAUGUGGCGCAAUUGGCUGUGAAAUGCUUAAAAACUUUGCUUUACUCGGUGUUGGCAGUGGUUCUGAUAGAGGCCUGAUCACUGUUACAGACCCUGAUUUAAUUGAAAAAUCCAAUCUAAAUCGUCAGUUUCUCUUCAGGCCUCACCACAUACAGAAAUCAAAGAGCUGUACGGCAGCCUCAGCUACCAUGCUUAUCAAUCCCCAUCUUAAAAUUGAUCCCCAUCUGAACAAAGUGUGCCCAUCCACAGAGAACACUUACAGUGACAGUUUCUACACCAGUCUCGACGUUGUGGUCACAGCACUAGACAAUGUGGAGGCUAGAAGAUAUGUUGACAGUCGAUGCGUAUCAAAUCAAUGCCCUCUUCUAGACUCCGGAACAAUGGGAACUAAAGGACACACUGAGAUCAUAGUACCAAAUCUGACUGAAUCUUACAAUAGCCAUAGAGACCCUCCAGAAGAAGAGAUACCGUUUUGCACAUUAAAAUCCUUCCCAGCAUUGAUUGAGCACACAAUACAGUGGGCGAGAGAUAAGUUUGAAAGCUCCUUUUCGUACAAGCCCUCAAUCUACAACAAGUUCUGGCAAAGUUACCCAUCACCAGAUAAUGUUCUACAGAGAAUUCAAGCGGGAGAGAGUUUAGAAGGAUCAUUUCAAGCAAUUAAGUUACUUAUCAGAAGACCUAGACACUGGCCACAGUGUGUGUCAGUGGCAAGAACAAAGUUUGAGAAAUAUUUCCAUCACAAGGCUGUACAGCUUCUCCACUCAUUUCCACUUGAUACAACAUUGAAGGAUGGAAGCUUGUUUUGGCAGUCACCAAAGAGACCACCAUCUCCAAUAACAUUUGACAUUAAUGAUCCAUUGCACCACAGUUUUAUCUUAAAUGCAGCCAGACUUUUUGCAACAGUUUACAGUGUUCCUUAUGAAGAACAGGACUUGUCCAGGGAAGCUAUUUUACAAAUACUGUCCAAGGUCAAGGUUCCAGAAUUCACACCAUCUGAAAAAGAGUUGUCUCUAGCAACAUCUACAGGACUUCAAAUAGUAACGGAUGAAAAUAUAAAGAAAUCUGACCAAUCAAAAUUAAUAGUAAGCAGUGAAGAGGAACGAGUAGCCAUCGACUUAUUGAGCGAAGCCAUAUCCACAGGACUUGCGACCAAAGAUCACCUUAUUAUGAUGCCAGUCGCAUUCGAGAAAGACGAUGAUAGGAACGGGCACAUAGACUUCAUCACAGCCGGGUCUAAUCUACGUGCAAACAUGUACAACAUAGAGACAGCGGAUAGAUUGAAGACUAAGAGGAUUGCUGGGAGGAUCAUUCCCGCCAUCGCCACAGCUACUGCCGCUGUCUCAGGACUGGUUGCCCUGGAGCUAAUCAAGGUUGCUGGAGGCCAUCCGUUUGAAGCCUACAGAAACUGUUUCUUUAACCUUGCUAUUCCUGUUAUUGUGUUCACUGAACCAGCCGAAGUAAAAAAGACUCAAGUAAGGAAUGAGAUCUCAUUUACAAUCUGGGAUAGGUGGACUAUUUACGGAAGGGAAGAUUUCACAUUACUAGAUUUCAUAAAGGCUGUAAAAGAGAUGUACAGCAUUGAUCUCACAAUGGUGGUGCAUGGAGUGAAGAUGCUCUAUGUGCCAGUCAUGCCAGGACAUACAAAGCGUCUAAAACUAACAAUGCAGAAGUUAGUGAAACCCACGUCAGACAGGAAAUACGUUGAUUUGACUGUGUCAUUUGCGCCCUUAUCAGAUGGUGAUGAGGAUCUGCCGGGUCCCCCAGUCAGGUACUAUUUCAGACCUGAAAACAACUGAGCGAUCCCACACUUCUUCUCAAUGUUACAGCUCGUACCACUGAAAGUACCACUGGAGGUCCACUUACUUAAUUUGCUGAAUUGUUCUGCUUUCUUGUGAUGUAAAUGCCUCUCUAAUCUUCUGCAUAGUCUCUAUGCAGGCUGCCUUAAUAGCGACAAUAAAAUCCGUGUUUUGAAAUUAUGUCCCGCAUGCGGUGUGGUUAUACAGACCAGACAAUCUGAUUACAAAAGAGCCAUCUUCUGUACAGACUCCCCCCUCACUGCUUGAAUGUAAGUGUAUCGUUUAGCGUUCAUUUGAAAAUGAAGUUUCAUGCUGCCCUGGAUCCAACACAAAGCUCGAGCCAUUUAGCAUAACUACUGUAUACUAUUUGGCAAUAGGUAAACCUUGACUGAUCUGCACAAUUCCACUUCGAGCACAGGCUUCCAUAAGAGGAAUCUCCAAAUCCACUUUGAGAGUCUGAAGUGUCAGAUAUACUCCUCAGUCUCUGCAAGCAGCUAACAUCAGUUGGUUGUUCUGGGUGGGGGGAGGGAGAUAUAAGUAGAUGUGCUGUUACAAUUGGCCUCUGGGCCCUUGUGUAGGGACGACAAAAAUAACCAGCUUUCCCGUUCCUGAUUGCUAUCUCGUAUAUAUUGGUGUGUGUGGGUGGAUGUUGGGUGUGAGAACAGGAUUAAGUCACAUACAUUAAAACUGGCUACUUGGGAGAGGUUCAGAAGAUUGACAUACCUGUGGAAUACACGUACGCUUAAGGGUCAGCACCUUCUGGAAGGAAGGGGGUAUAUAAAGAAAACUCUAGGGUAACACCUAAAUUAAACAACAUGGGAUUUUAACUUUAUUUCCUGUUUGCAUUAGUUCUGUAAAGUUUCCGGCAUAUCCAGUCUGACAUUUAUUUUUAACAUUCACUAGGGUUGUAAUGUGCACUGAAUAUCACACUUAGAAGUGUGUUUAAAAAAAACUAUUUGAAGACUAUUGCUCGUUUAUUUUGCAUAUUAUUUGCACAUUUUUGAGAAGUUCAGACGUUGAAUCUUUGAUUCUUACAAAGCAAGAUUUGUUUUGAUACCUUUUCCCUGGGUAUUGUAAAAUGAGAGGUACGAUUUCAAGAUUAUGACCCGUUGAGGUUUAGAACUGCAAUGGUACAUCUUUUACAAUGACAUUCACAUCACAUUUUGUAUACUAAUUUUAGGUGGGAGUAGACCUUCAGCCCAUCUAGUCUCCCCAUCCAAGUUCUCACAUGUCUUCUUUGAUGCAUUUAUCUCUAAAUCCGAUAAUACUGAGUCCCUUUAUUUGGCAAAAAAAAAUCUAGUUCCUUUUGACACCUUUUGUCUUUUUUUAUGUUCCACCUCUUCUGGUAGCUUAUUUUACAUAUCUUUUCAGAAAACAACUGUUCGGCAUUUCCUAUUCACUUAUAUUCCCGUGAAUAUAAAAUCUCUUGUUCUUCCAUUUUGUGCACCAAACAAAACAUAUAUGAAGCCAAAUUUUCCAAAUCCCUUACGUUCUUAAAUAUCUCACUGAAGUCCCUCCUCUGUCUUCACUGUUCAAGAGAGAGAAGACCUAGGUCAGCUAAAAUAAUCAUGAUUUUAACAAACUAAAGUCUAAGCUGUGGCUGUGCGUGAGAUGUUUGUGCUGAUCAGUCCAGUUUACCUCGCCAUGGUGGAAAUCCUGUUUUCCAAUGUUUUCAAAACACUCUGUACCUGUACCUGGAAUUUUACAUAAAGGAAACAGAACUAUUUGUACAUCUUUGAUAUUUGCAUUUAUGUUUUGUUCUUUGUAAAUAAUGCAACCAAACAACCUGAUUAAUUUAGCUUCACUUUUUAUUUUUGUUAAAACAGUUCUUUAUGUGAAAUAUAGUACUGCACUGCUGUGUUUAAUAUGUUUAGGAGGGUGAUUCAGAGAACUAUAGUACGAGCCUAAAGUGCCAAUCGUCGAUAAAUUUUAAGUCACCAAUCCGCUGGCUCAACUUGCUUGGAAUUCGAAAAACGUAACCUUAAAAUCCUGUUUUUUUGUGACUUCCUGAGUUACAACACAUGUUGCAAGCAUGAUUGGAAAUCCAUCUACUGUUGUCCAAAGGAAGUAGGAUCAUGAAUUCACUUUUAUGUUAUACAGAAAUCUGGAGGCUUGUGGAGUGCUUUACCUAGACUUUCACUCAGGUGAAACCAAGCACUGUGAACUGGAAAUGUAACUGAUAAUAAAAUAAAAUGAUUUGAAUGAG